AUGCAAAGACGUUUAGGUUUAUCUAAUAAAGCUGGAUUCUUGAAUUUCGUCAACACGAUCUCGUUUUGUGGCGUACAGGGGCGUUUCAAAAUGAUGUUCUUUCGCAAGAAAGAAAAGGAAGAAGUGCCGGUGAUCGGAGGCCACAAGCAGAGACCACCUGUACCGCCAAAACGAACGAUUCUGCCGCACACAAACAACAAGGCAGAAGCAAAUCACAGAACAGACAAGAAAGAAAAAGUCGACGACGAGGCUAUUUAUGACACGCCACGGCAAGAGAAGGUGGAAAGACCGAAAUUUACACUGUCCAGCGGUGAUUCGCUUGAGGCUAGCACGGCUAGAGGCUCGUCGAAGGAUUCCGAUGAUAUGGCGCUACCUCCUGUAAGAGGAUUUGGCUCACCAAAAGAUUUUAAUAUACAGGGGCUUGCACUACCUGCCCUUGCUGUAGUUCAAGUGAAAGUCAGAACUUUGACGCUGCAAAAGAGUGUUACAGGCGAUUUUGGCUUUUCUAUACGUCGAGUUCAAUUUCCGUCGAGUAGGAAAGGAGGUUUGCGUACAGUAGUUUUUGCUGAGCCAUCUGAUAUACGAGCGGGUCCACCACGUCCAGAUGAUCUCAAGAAUGGUUUGUUACCAGGCGACCAACUGGUGAAAAUAGAUGGCCGCAAUGUAGAUUCUAUGUCACGAGAAGAAUUGCAAAACGCUGUACGUAGCGCUGGAGACAAAAUUGUCCUGGAAGUCAAGUCAGUCCCUGAAUUGGCCGAGUUUUGCGAUAGAAAACAUCGUCAGAGUGGUGUACGAGACAAUGGUGAUCAGCUGAUGCUUGGCCAUAUAAAUACCAAUCUCCAUGAAGACAUACCUGAAGACCAACGCUACUGGCUGAUUCACAAAGGCGGGUACACCAUGGUCCGUCUUCUGGAGCAUCUGCCAGAUGGCCGAGCGUUGGUGAAAGUGGCAGGACGUGAGAUGACUGUGGACUCCACUGAUAUAGAUCGGAUGAAUCCUACCCAUUUGGAUCGAGUAGGAGACGUAGCUGCUCUACGUUACCUGAACGAGACAAGUACUGUGCAUUUGCUGAGGCAAAGGCAUGGAUGUAACCUACUGUACACAAAUGCUGGCCUGACAAGUAUUCUAUGUGUAGCGUCUGCUGAAGAAGGUUCCAUAGGUCAGGAUCGGUUGGUGUCAUUGUUCAAAGGAUGCAGACGUGGACAGAUGCCUGCCCAUGUCUAUGCCACAGCACAGCAGGUUUACAGGAACCUACAAAUGACAGGACAAAAUCAAUGUAUCGUCUUGACGGGUAAUAGUGGAAGUGGCAAAACAACCCAACUUCGAAAUCUGGUACAUUACCUGUCUGAAGUAGCUGGAUGGACGAGAACGCUGCCUUACGAGAAGCUGGCUCAAGCUAUGGGAGUCGUAGAGGCCUUUGGUCAUGCGGCAACGAUUCUUCACCGAGAUUCGACGAGAUUCUUACAUCUCUUUGCUCUUGGAUUUGAUAAAGCUGCUGCUUUGAGGUCGGCACGGCUGCAAGUGUCCUUGCUGGAAGCUGAUCGUGUCAUCCGAAGGGAAAAAGGAGAAGCUUCUUUCCAUGUGUUUUACUACCUUUGGGAAGGGGCAGAAGGAGCAUUGAGAGAGCGGUUACAGUUGGAUUCGAUAGAAAGUCCGUCUAUCACUCCUUACACCAAGGAAGAAGAUAGGCAGAGUGCAAAGGAGGCUUGGGAAAGGUUGAUCUUAGCUUUCACAGCUUUUGGACUCAACCAAGGUCAAAUUGAUGCUGUCUGCUCGGUUCUGGCAGCGAUUCUACACCUGCAAGCGGCUGGAUGUACUCCUGGAAGCGCACAGAGAGCUCAGUUCCUACGUGUAUCCCAUGCUCAACAAGCUGCUGCACUGCUUGGCGUGUCCACGGAAGAGCUGGCCAACGCCCUGUUCCGCGGAAGAACGAGUGGGAACGUUGUCACGGCUAAAAUGGGAAACACGAGUCGUAUUGCGCUCACCUCGUCUCGUGGACCUGAUGCUCCUGAAGCUUUGAUCUCAUUCUGUGCUGGUCUCUACCAAGAGCUGUUCUACACAAUUGUUGAAUCAAUCAACAAAGCACUUUCAUCAAAUGCGGCAUGCACAUGGAUCUCUGUCCUAGAUUUCACGGGAUCUUCAUUCCACGUCAACUGGACCGAUGCAUCCGGCAGAAAGUUGCUCGGAUUGAAUGAACUUGUCCAUAAUUACAUCAAUGAACGAGUUGUCGAGUUAUUUUACGAUGCUUGUUUUGUGGAAGCACAGGAGAUUUACUCCCGUGAGCAAAUAGAUGUUGAAGUAGAGAUGCCCAUCGUUUCCCCAUGUCCACUGAACAGGCUCAUGGACCAGAAACAACAACUGUUGGCAUGUACGGAUAUCGAACGACGUUCUGAGGAGAAACGAGGUUUACUGGCAAUACUUGAGGAAGAAUCGAUGUUCCCGGGUGCAACCGAUGAGAGUCUGUUGGAAAGAAUUUUUGUGCAUUUGGGAGAUGAAUCGAGACUUAUCCGUCGCGCCAGUCGUCCACUCCAAUUUGUUUUGGAGCAUGCUAUGUCAUGCUACCCUACUACCUAUGACGUAACCGGAUGGGUAAAGCAAGCUCAACCUUGUGAAAGCGCAGCUGCCGCACGACCCCUGCUCAUACUAAGCAAGAGUCCCACCAUUACAAGUCUGUUUGGCACAUUUGUACCGACAGAUGCGAGCAAAUUACGUCGAGCCACGCAAGCUGCUCAAAUCGAACUGAAUGCUCGAAGAUCGGUGAAUGGUUUCUUUGCCAACAUCAGCGGGCAAAUCGACUACGUUUUCUCCACCCUACGACGUGGACAUCGCUCACACUUCGUUCAUUGCAUUCAACCAUCCACCAAUAUGCGAUCUGCAACAACUGGAUCGUACGAGACUAUCGAUGUGCCAUUCGUACGAAAUCAACUCAGGUCCAUUCUUCUAAUCGACUCUGUUCGAGCUAAUAAUAGCGGCUACCCAGAACGAGUAACAUUCCGGGACUUUCGCCGACGUUUUGGAUGCUUGAUAGAAGAUGAUUUGAACUCGUCACUGGAUAAUGCAUUGGAUGAUAGGGCUGCUGUGUCAAGAAUACUUGAAAGAAUGGACAUACAUCAGCAUAGAUAUCGAUUGGGAAUGAGUCAGGUGUUACUCGCGGCUGAUGUGCUUUGUGAGCUAGAAGAUCGUCGAGAGCUAUCGUUAUCGGGCUUAGUGACUGCCUUCCAAAGAGAAUGUCGACGAUAUUUAGCAGCAAAAUGGUUACAGCGCAGAAGAGUGCUGGAAACAGCAAUAAGAUGCAUACAGAAAAAUGGACGAGCAUAUGUGCGAGUGCGAGAAUGGCCAUGGUGGAGACUCUACACAAGAGUGGUACCGCUAAUCGCAGCUUCAAGGGGCGACACGUCACAUCAGGAAUGCGAACAACGUAUGCGUCAACUCGAACAGCAGCUACACACAUUGCGAGUCGAGAAGACAAAGCAUGAAGGACGAGUCGAAGAAUUGGAGCAGCGCUUAGCUCGAGAAGUUCAAGCAGCAAAUGAAGUGACACAGGCUCUGGAUAGAGAAACACAGACACGAGUACAGUUGGAAAGGAGACUGCAACAGUAUAGGGAUGGAGGUAUGGACGAAGAGCGCAUUAGCAGAGUUUCAUCGUCGAUAAAACUGGAAUCUGAUGAGAAGACAACCGAACUCAAAAAUGAAUUAGUGCGAGUGCAACACGCAGAAGAACAGUUGAGAACGAAAACUCAACGUGCUGUCGCUCAGCUGAAAGAUGUUGAAGCUGAACUGAAUAAAGUACGAGCACGAAACGAAACAUUGGAGAAAAAACAACAGAGAUUUGAUGCUGACAUUGGUGCCGUACAGUCCCAGUUGAAUGAGAUGAAAGAGUAUAAAGAGAGGGUUGAAAAGGAGCGAGAUGAACAUCAAAUGGUUGCAUCAAGAAAGAAUAGUGAGCUACAGGAACUCAAAACUGAAAAUUCUGAGCUCCGCACCCAAGUUUCACGGCUCAGACGCGAAGCGGAAGAAAGAUCCGAUGCUGCUUCGGGAGGAGAACAAGUUGUAGCCCUACAGAAAGCAAAACGAGAGCUAGAGAAUAAAUUACGCGAGCAGGAGGAAGAAUUGGAUGAUUUGGCUGGUACGAAUCAACAACUACAACAACAAAUUACACGGCUUGAAAUGGGAGCAGAACGAUUGAAAGCGGAUUUGAAUAGGGAAUCGAACACGAAAGAAACCGAAAUUGAUGAGAUUCGUGGACAGUACCAGAGAAGGCUAAGGACCUUAGAAGAUCAGUUAGCGGACCUCCAAGAUGCAAACUCGUCCCUAGUCAAAGAAAAUCGCGUUCUUGAAGCUAGAGCUCGUCAAUAUGAUUUAAAUACGCAAACUUUCGAGUUUUCUGGAGGGCAUUAUCGCCGUGAACUACGAAAAGCACUUGCACUAUUGGCUGACACACAAACUCUGCUAGCUCAUGAACGAGAAUCUGCACCGUCACAGGCCCUGUUGAGGCAGUUGAGAGAUCAACUUGAGGACGCAGAAGCGGCGAAAAUGAGUGCCUUAAAAGGCCGACAUGGACUUGAAAGUGAAUUGAAUGAAGUCCGAGUGCAGCUGGAACAAGCUCUUGUGGCGAAAAGUGCAGCAGAAGAUCGAGCACUGAUACUGCUGAAGGAGAAAAACAGUGGCUCAGCGCUGAUUGAGGAGAAAGAUGAACAGUAUCAACAGUUGAUGAGAAAGUACAAAGCAGCCAUUCAGCAAACUCAUUUGGAUCAUAUCGCUAUGGCGGACUAUGUGGAACAGAUAGCCGAGUUAGAAAAGACGAAGCAAAAGCUGAGCGAACAACUCAGUGAAGAAACAUCGAAUGCUGCUUUUCUUGCACAACAUACCGUGGAAAAACACAAGCUUAUCCUAUGUGAGCAGAAAGUUCGAGAUCUAGAAGGAAAGCUGGAUUUGGAGAUCGCACAAAAGCAGCGUCUUGAGUCCAUGGUAAUAAAAUUGCGUGAUGAGGUGGAUUCAUUGCAAGAACAAGUGACAGAAUCGACCACAAGUCGUGAUAAGGAUAAUGAAAUAUUGCGCAAAGCAAGGAAGGAAAAUAUGCAGUUGCAAGAGACUAUAGAAGAAUUACAAAAGAGAGAUAUGGAUGCAGUACAUAAGAACAAAGCUGCGCGCGAUGAAAUCGAUCGGUUAGAAGAAACUAACAAAGCACAAGCAGCUGAGUUGAAACUAUGUCACCGGCGAAUUGAGAGCCUACAAGCAGCACUGCAUGAAGGUUUGGGUGAUGAGGAAUCAGAUGGGGAAAGUGAAUGCGAACGUACCUUGGAAGAUGGUCGAAGCACUGGCAUGAAUAUCCUGUAAACUAGCCACGGGCAAUUGUAGCAAGAUGCAUUCCGACACUCCCUCCCCCCCCCCUGUGGUGCUGAAGAUCUGUUCAGUGAAUAUAAUGACCAUGUAAUUGCUUAUUUGUACAUUUGACAGCUUGUACCAUUUCAAAAUACGAAGUAUUAACAAUCCCUGUUUUCUUGAAUAUUCCGUUUGUGAUAAAAGCUAUCGGGAUAGGCAUUAAUGAAAAAUGAUCCCAUACACUUUGUAUUCUUUGAGAAAACUUGUUGCUUUCUUCAUUCCAUUGUAUUCUUGCAAAAUUUUGUUUUCUUUACUCUUUGGUGUACCCCUAACUUUUUUGUACCCUAACUUUUUGCAGUAUUUUCGCUAAAAAAUGACCAAUUAUUCUCUAUGAACUUCACAUUCUGAGAUCUUCUAUGCAGAAUUGAGCAGCUUGUCCUUCUCAAAGUGAAUUUGCAUAUUCACGGAUGUGGUCUACCGCUUUUCUUUCUAUCUUCACGAACGUUUUUCUAUAGAAAAUAAAACGUUCUUC